GCGGUUCCUCGAGUGUCGGCGGCAGGAGGGUUGGCAGGCUGGCGGCAGGUGCUGCCGCGGCCGCCGCCGCCGCCGCCGCCUCCGCCUCCUCCGCCUCCUCCGAGUCCUGGGUCUGCUCGUCCUCUCGCGGUGAUGAGCUGAGCCCCGUCGGGGGCUGCACCUGCCGGCUGCCCAUCACCCCGGACCUCCCGGCGUGACCUCGGCCUCCUCGCGUGCCCGGCCCCCGCGGCGGGCGCCGAGCUGCCCCUGAGAAGGAGCGGCAGCGGCCUCCUCCGACCCGAGUCCUCGCUCGGGGGGCCGCGCGGGGAGAGCGCCCGGCCCCCUCCCCUCCCCAGUCCGCCAUCCUCGAUGUCUCCCCGGCGGGGAGGGGGCUGCCUGGGAGACGCGCUGAGCGGCCCCCCCCGGAGGCCCGUCGGCGGCAGCAGCAGCAGCGACCAGCCCGGCGACCCGAAGCCUCCCCCGGCGGCGGCGGCCUGGAGGAGCCGCGCACCCGCCGCCGCCCCCGGAGCCUCGCAGCCGCCGCCGCUGCCCGGCGCCCGAGGAGAGGGCGGCGGGCGUCCCCCAGGGAAGAUGAAGGCGGAGGGGGGCGACCACUCCAUGAUCAACCUGUCGGUGCAGCAGGUCCUGAGCCUCUGGGCCCAUGGGACGGUGCUGAGAAACCUUACGGAGAUGUGGUACUGGAUCUUCCUCUGGGCUCUCUUCUCCUCUCUGUUUGUCCAUGGUGCUGCAGGAGUGUUGAUGUUCGUGAUGCUACAGAGGCAUCGGCAGGGGAGAGUAAUCUCUGUCAUUGCAGUCAGCAUCGGAUUUCUGGCUUCCGUGACUGGGGCAAUGAUUACUAGUGCAGCAGUUGCCGGCAUUUACAGAGUGGCAGGGAAGAACAUGGCCCCCUUGGAAGCACUGGUGUGGGGCGUUGGACAGACCGUACUGACAUUAAUCAUCUCCUUUUCAAGGAUCCUCGCCACACUCUGAGGUUUCUGUGGGCAUGUCUUACUUCACAUAAGGAAGCAGAUGUACAGAUUCUCUGAAAAUGGCAUUGUUAACAAGUGGGAAUGAAAUUGUACAAGAAUGUGGAAGGAGCAGGUCAAAACAUAAGGCCUUGAGCUGUGUGGGAAGAUUGCCCUCUGGUGUUCAAGUGAUUGCACUACCGCACUGCACCUUACGUGCCUCCGUCCCAGGCAAGGCGCAUGACACUACGUGAAGCUACAAGAAAAAGCACCUUGUUUAGCUGCCAAUCAGGUUAACACUGGCAUUGAAUCAUCGUUCUUAACAGUGUUGUGUUAAGUUACAGGGACGUUUUGAAGAAUUGACAUAUGUGCCAAACUCUUUUCUUUUUUUUAACAUUGAUCAUGUGAAAUUUGCAAGUGUAGAUGUAGAUGAGUGCUGUGAACAUAUUUGACAUGAAUUCAGGUGGUGUAGUGAGAUUUUUGUUUUGUAAUGCUAAAUCCCGUAUGAGUGCUGAAUACUGAAUCAUUUAAUAUGAGACAAAUUAUUUGAUUUUUUAUGUUGAACGUUUCUGGGAUUUAGGGCUUUCAUAUAAAUUAGGCAUUAUUGUUAUUUACGUGAAAAAUAAUACUUAAUGGAAAACUGCUGAACUCUUUUAACGACUCAAAGUAGAUCUAUAGGGUGCACCCUUUUCACUCACUUAAGUAACACUCUUUUAAUAGUUUCCCUCAUACAUAAACAUUCUAUUGAUAUGAAAUUAAAAACUUUAUGGGUCAUACACAUUGAUUGUAGCUUGUGUGUCACAAAAGUAUAAUUUGAAAAUUUUCUUAUAAAUUUUGUAAGAAAUCUGAAAUGCACGUUGCAUUCUUGACCCUUCUAAAGAAAGUUUUUGCCAUGUAUCUCAUGGAGAAAACAUCUUUACAACUAGUAUCUCAGUGGGAUUAUAUUACUUGUUGCAUAUAUCUUGAUUUUUGACAAAACAUAAGCAGUCUUUCAUUCUGGAGUAUUAACUAUAUUUAAAGAGUGGCCUAAAUUAGGCUAUGAAAGCAGGAAGCCUCAUUUGUAGAUAAGAAACAUAUAGGAAGAGUAAUAAACUAUCUUACUUUGGGUAUGUGGUAGCAUCAUAAUUUCUCUAAGUAAAAAUUGGGGAAUAUAGUAAAUAAUUAUAAAAUUUGGCAACAAAUCUCAGCAUAUCAAUACAGUAUUGAAUGCAUAUUUGAGUUAUUCAUUUCAGUUGUUCAGCGCUUGUUUUAUGCUGUUAUUUAAGUUUACUAGAAUCUGUGAUGACAUUUAUUAGAAUGAAAAAAUCCUUAAGAGGUUUUGGCAAUAUGCAAUUGUAUUUAAGAGUACAAGAAGUAAGGGCAGCACAGAACCUGGUGGAAUUUGUCUCCUACUGAGAUUUUUUUAAUACCAGAUACAAUUAUAUAUAUGCUAACUCAAAGGAAGAGCCAGCUGCAGAAAAUAUGAAGUAAAGGACAAUCCAAAAAAUAAUCUGCAUACUCUAGCCUCACUGUUUUAUAAUCUAAUUUGGAAAACCAUAAGUUUCUAUUAGGUCCCAUUCAAAUAUAAGACCUUUGUUUACCCACGGCACCUUUUCUCCACCAAAAAGCAGAAUAGUGUCAACAACUCACCGAUGAGGAGUUGGGGGUAUUUUACCAGUAUGGAAGCCAGUUUGGGGCGGUGGGGGAGUUUAGUAACACUGUGGCUUGGAAAUUUGUUUUUAAAAAACCCAAGAAGCAACUAUGCAUUCUUAGAGAUCUUUAAAGUAAAUCUUAAAAUUGAUUCUUUUUAUUAUGUUCAAGCCUGAAAUUGUUUUCAUGUGUUCUUUAUAUUCCUGACA